ACCGCGUCUUUGCCGUGACCCGGAAGUGGAUAGGAGCAGUUGCUGUGUGACUUCCGGUUGUAAGUGGGUGAAAGGUGGAGAAGAAGAAACACACCGUCAUUGUUUCCUUCACCUUGAGAGGAGAAGAUGCUGCAGAACACGGGGAAGUUGGCGGGCUGCACGCUCUUCAUCACCGGGGCCAGCCGGGGGAUCGGCAAAGCCAUCGCCCUGAAGGCCGCCAGGGACGGGGCCAACGUGGUCAUCGCCGCCAAGACCGCCGAGCCCCACCCCAAGCUACCGGGGACCAUCUACACCGCUGCUCAGGAGGUGGAGGCGGCGGGCGGUAAAGCGCUGGCUUGUGUCGUCGACAUCCGUGACGAGCAGCAGGUGGGAGACGCCGUGCAGAAAGCCGUCGACAGGUUCGGAGGAAUCGACAUCUUGGUGAACAACGCCAGCGCCAUCAGUCUGACGGGAACCCUGGAGACGCCCCUCAAGAAGGUGGACCUGAUGCUGGGAGUCAACCUGAGAGGGACAUACGUGACGUCUAAGCUGGUCAUCCCCCACCUGCUGAAGAGUCGCAGUCCUCACAUCCUGAACCUGUCACCUCCGCUCAACCUCAACCCCGUCUGGUUCAAGAACCAUACGGCGUACACAAUGGCAAAGUACGGAAUGUCCAUGUGCGUCCUGGGAAUGGCAGAAGAGUUCAGAGGUCAAAUCGCAGUGAACGCCCUCUGGCCUAAAACUGCGAUCCAGACAGCUGCGAUGGAUAUGUUGGGCGGGGAGGGCAUCAGUAAACAGUGUCGUACCUCUGACAUCAUGGCGGACGCCGCCUACGCCGUCCUGUCCCGACCCAAGGACUACACGGGUCACUUCCUGGUCGACGAGGACGUCCUGAAGGAGCAGGGAGUCCGAGAUUUCGAACAGUACGCCGUCCAGCCAGGCCACCCCCUGCUGCCGGACUUCUUCCUGGACGAAGCACCUGAGAACCUGGUCGAGCAGAUGGAGCAACAUGGGGCAACACCAGCCUUCAAACCUCCUCCAUCAUCGUCAGCCGCGCCGUCCUCCGGUGGACCAAUAGAAAGCACCUUCAACGCCAUCAGAGGGGUCAUCAACGAAGACGUGGUCAAGUUGACGCAGGGCAUUUAUCAGUUCGACCUAUCAGGAGAGAAUAAGGGCCUUUGGUUCCUGGACCUGAAGAGCGGCGCUGGCAGUGCAGGUCAAGGCCAGUCACCUGUCAAGGCCGACGUCGUCAUGGCGAUGGACUCUGGCGACUUCAGCAAGAUGUUUGCAGGGAAGCUGAAGCCCACGAUGGCCUUCAUGUCGGGGAAGCUGAAGAUCAAAGGCGACAUGACGCUCGCCCUCAAACUGGAGAAACUCAUGGGGCGCAUGAGCAAGGCCAAACUGUGAGGCAGAAGCCCCGCCCCCAGGCCCGAUCAGGCUCCGCCCACUGCUUGUAGAUGUACACGUUGCCUUAAUAAAGUAAAGGACAGUUUUUAAAUCUAAUUGAUGAUAAACUGACAGCUGAGGCUUUCCAUACUUGACGUCUAAUCACCUUCACAUACAACUAAAUAAAGAGAAUUAGGAACA